CACAUGUGCGUCACUUCCCCUCCGGCCCAUCAGGGGGCGACACGCCGCCGUCUGUCGCGUUUUUGUGCCCGAAGAAGAACCGUUACAGAUCCAACAUGGCGGCGUCGUUGGUCCGGUUUGUCCGCGGAGGGCUUGGAAGGAGUUAUAACAUUGCGAGGACCUCGUGUCUCCUCCAGCAGCAGCAGACCAGACUGCAGAGCUCCACCUCUGACACCCAGCCCACCGUCAGGCCCAAAGAUGCCGUCACUCACAACCAGCUGGCAGCGUUCGGGGAGUACGUGUCGGAGAUGAUGCCUAAAUAUGUCCAGCAGGUCCAGGUGACCUGUUUUAAUGAGCUGGAGGUGAUGAUCCAUCCUGACGGAGUGGUCCCCGUGCUGACCUUCCUGAGGGACCACACCAACGCUCAGUUCAGGAACAUGAUCGAUCUGACUGCCGUCGACAUCCCAACACGACAGAACCGCUUUGAGAUCGUGUACAACCUUCUGUCGCUACGCUACAACACUCGUAUGCGCAUCAAGACGUACACAGACGAGUUAACGCCUGUGGACUCGGCCGUCCCGGUGCACAAGGCUGCCAACUGGUACGAGAGGGAGGUGUGGGACAUGUAUGGUGUGUUCUUCGCCAACCACCCAGACCUGAGGCGUAUUCUGACAGACUACGGCUUCGAAGGUCACCCGUUCAGGAAGGACUUCCCUCUCUCAGGAUACGUCGAGGUGCGUUAUGAUGAUGAGGUGAAGCGUGUGGUGGCGGAGCCGGUUGAGCUGUCGCAGGAGUUCAGGAAGUUCGACCUGAACACGCCCUGGGAGGUGUUCCCCGCCUACCGAGAGCCCAAAGAGGCUGCACCCAAACUGGAGGCUGGUGAUGCUCCAGAGAAGAAGUGAUGUCCCUCUGUUUCUGUUAGUGUCAUCAUCAGACUCUCAGCCACCUGAAAUAUUUAUGUAAAUAAAAAUACUAAUAAAACAUACAAACCUCACCAGA